UAUUUAGCAACAUCAUCCUUGUUUUCCUCAUUUUUUGAAGCUUCAAAGUUCAAACUUCGUCUCCUAUAUAAUUCUGAUUAUAUGGUUAAUGGGCAAGAAGAGAGAGGGGAAGAAAAUAGUAAGAGGGGUGAUUUCUAUUUUGUUAAAAAGUGAGUGAAUAUGAAUAGUCAAUAUUACCCUUAAGAAAUAGACAGGUGACUAUUUUACAUAUAAAAAAAAAGAAAAAGAAAAAGAAAAUAUUUGUUCUGCUAUUUUAAUUGUCUUUAUUUGACGCGUUAAAAAAAUUUAGUGUUAAAUGUCAAUUGAAUAAAUCAACAAUAAGCAAAUUUCAAGAAAUGUGGGGGUGGGGGGUGUAACUUACCCUUUCUUUUUAUACCAUAAAGUUGUAAUCAACUGUCCACGAGAAGUUAAGUAGUGGUUUAAUAACGAUGUUAUCUUUUUUUUUUUUUUUUUUUAUGAUACCAAAAUUAAAUUUAUUUUGUGUAUACAAAUAUUUUCAAAUAAAUAAAAAUAAAAAAUAAUUAUGUUUUACUGGAGAGUGGAAGGUGUCGGGUCACCCAUGAAAAGCGGGUCACGUCACAUAUAUUUGAGUUGUACUGUAACAAGACUUCUAGGCUUAUAAAAAUACUAUUUACUCAAAAUCUUAUCCUAAAACAAAAUGUAUGAUAUAAAUUUAAAGUUAAUAACGUGCAUCACACACCCAUAAUAAAUAUAAUCCAUUGCGUAUGAAGUAGCAACUUUCAAGAUUGAAAGGAUAUCGUGAAAAAUAAAAAAUAAAUUUAGGGUUCUAACUUUUAGGGAGGUCUAACAGCGGCUGCUUCCAUGGGCGAUGAUGACAAGAGUCUUACACAAUACAACCGUGACCAUCCCAAGAAAUUGAGAAACAUGGAGCCAAAGCUUGAACCAGAUCAACCUGAUCAGCCUCACUACAUUGCCCAUAUACCAGAAGAUAUAUUGUCUCAUGUUAUAUCUCGAAUGCCAUGGAGGUCCAUAUGCAGACUCAAAUGUGUGAGCAUGUACUGUGUCGUGUUCACAGGGCCGGCAGUUCAAAUGAGAGGAUCGCUGUAUUGGGUAGCUACAAGGGAUGUUGUAGUGUGUUGUAACGUAGAGAAGAAAUUUUGUUUCAUAAAGCAGCCGAAUUUCAAGAUAUUUUCUGGGUUGAUCAACACUCCAUGUUUGGGUGAGUUCAAUGGUGUGCUCCGGUACUUGGCGAGUGAUUCUAGGAUGGUGUGUUUAUGGGAUCUUCAAGCUGGGGAAUGGGAACUUGUGAAGAUGGUUCCUAUUGACACAAUUGCAAAAUCUUUGUCUGAUAAAUAUUGGAUGAUUGAUGACUUUAAUAAUGUCAGGCCUUUGGCUCUCCAAUGUUCAAAUCCGGAAAUGGUGUUUCUGGCAUUCCCACAUAAGUGGAUCAUGUCAUACAAUUUAGUCAGCGAGGAGGUAAAUCUGAUCGAAAGGAUCGAAAUGUCAUACCUAAUAUUGACUCCUAUGAUUUUGAUCCCAUUUGUUCUUCCAAAGAUACCACUCCCAGUAUUUUAGUGGCUAGAGAGAGAGAUAUGUUGGUAUUAUUAGUUAGUUAUUAGAGGCAAUCCACAUUCAUGAUAUUUAGAAGAGCAUUUUUUGUUUUUUUUUUUUGGAUCAAUGGAGUUUGAACUAUGAAGUACUACCCAUUUGGUUAUGUUUUCAUUUUCCUAUUUUUUGUAUUCGCUUUUUAGAAAACACGUAAAUUGUUUGGCCAACAAAAAAAAUAUAGGAAUACUAAAAACACAAAAACAGGGGGAUUCUUCUUUUUGGACUUCGGUUUUGCAUUCUCGAAAGCAGUAACAAAUGAAAGUUUGAAAAUACCCAACAAUUAUUUAUUUAUUUAUUAUUAUUUUUUAAUCGUUCUUAAUAUGUAGAGGUGGUUUUCAUAAAUGAUGUUUUGAAAAUUGUUUUUGAUUCACCAAACAAAUAUUUGUGUUGUUCUUGAAAAAGAAAACCAGAAAACAGAAUUUUGCUUUGUGUUGCUAUGGGACUAAAGGAGAGAACUGAUGCCA